AAAAAUGACGUCUGCAGUUAAUGGCGAAAGUGCAACGUCAUGGUUACCAGAUAGGUGAAAAAAAUCGCGAAAAGCUUUGCUCAAAUACAACUCUGUGUUUAGCGCUGCCACUCAGUCAAAAGUGCUUCCCGCCAAGAUGAUUGGCAACACUGCGUUAUUGAACAGCUGCAGCCUCUGAACAUUGCAUUUUGAUUUGUUAUUUAAUACUUGCUAAAUUGAAAAAGUUGCUGUUUAUGUGAACUUUUAUCAAUUAAAACACAAAAAAUAUGCAAGCUCUGAGGCACAAACGCAUUUUGCCUGGAUUUCAAAUCAACUGGUGCCGGAGACUGUUGACUCAAAGCUGCACGGGCAGCGGGCAAUUGGAGCUAACAAACGAGGUGAAACAACGCAUCGAAACGCACUGGAAAGAACACACGAAUAACGCGCACUUUGACACCAAACAGGCCACAAACAAAUACUAUGUGCUCUCCAUGUUUCCCUAUCCCUCGGGCAAUCUGCACAUGGGCCACGUGCGCGUCUACACGAUCAGCGAUGCGGUCGCACGUUUCCAGCGCAUGUGCGGCAAGAAUGUAUUCCAGCCCAUUGGCUGGGAUUCGUUUGGCCUGCCCGCGGAGAAUGCGGCCAACCAGCGCGGCGUGGCGCCCGCCGAUUGGACACAACAGAAUAUUGCCCAGAUGAAGCAACAAUUGGAGCGCUUGGGCUGCUCCUUUGACUGGGCGCACGAGCUGUCCACGAGCAGUCCGCAGUAUUACAGGUGGACGCAGAGCUUGUUUCUGAUGCUGCACAAGCACGGGCUAGCCUACCAGAACGAGGCGCUGGUCAACUGGGAUCCCGUGGAUAAAACCGUGUUGGCCGAUGAGCAGGUGGACGCCAAUGGCUGCUCCUGGCGUUCCGGCGCCAAAGUGGAAAAGAAACUGCUCAAACAAUGGUUUAUACGCACGACUGCCUUUGCCAAACAGCUGCUGGAGGGCCUGGACGAUCCACGGCUGCGCGACUGGCGAGAUAUCAUAAACUUGCAGCGGCAUUGGAUCGGCGAAUGCGAUGGUUACGCCUUUAUGCUGCCCACCUCUGCAUCGAAUCUGCUGCGCGUCUGGACUGCCAAUCCCGAGCAUCUGAAGGAUCCGCAUGCAUUCCUUGUGCUCCGCAGCAAACACUUUCUAUCGCAAUUACCCGAUGCGGAUCAGCUCAGCGUGGAGAAUCCCUUUGCGCACACCAUACUUCCGGUUCUGUUUAACGAUGAGUCCGCAUUUCCCGCACACUUUGAUGUUUACCUGGCAGCGCCCAGUUUCCGUGCCGAGGAUCGCGAAUUGUGGGACAGCCUCGGGCGGGCUGUCGGCAUUUCUGGCAGGGAAGAGGCCCACAUCAAUCCCGGCAACUGGGAGCAGCUGCGCAAAGAGGUGCUGCAGGCGGCCAGUCGACUCAAUGUGGGCGGCUAUCGCGUCUCCUCUAAGCUGCAGGAUUGGCUCAUUUCGCGCCAGCGCUAUUGGGGCACGCCCAUACCCAUUGUGCACUGUCCCAAAUGCGGCGCAGUGCCCGUGCCCGAGCAACAGCUGCCGGUAACGUUGCCGCCGCGCGAUGCUGGCAAUGAUGCGCUGCGCUGCGAAUGCCCAAAAUGCGGCGAGCCGCGGGCGCAACGGGAAACGGACACCAUGGACACGUUCGUGGACAGCUCCUGGUACUAUUUGCGCUAUCUGGACGCGCACAAUGCGAAUGCAAUCUUUGAUACUGCGCUGGUGCAGCACUUCAUGCCCGUAGAUCUGUACAUUGGCGGCAAGGAGCACGCCGUGCUGCAUCUCUACUACGCCCGCUUUAUGAACCACUUUCUGCACAGCUACGGCCUGUCGCCCACAACGGAGCCCUUCUCGCGCCUGCUCGUCCAGGGCAUGGUCAUGGGUCGGUCCUUUCGUGUGAAGGGCAGCGGACGCUAUGUGCGCGAGCCGGAAGUGGAGAUUGUUAAUGCCAAAAAGAAUCAAGCGCUGCUCAAGGCAACCAAAGAGCCGGUGGUCAUGAGCUGGGAAAAGAUGUCCAAGUCGAAACUGAAUGGCGUCGAACCGGACGACAUGUUCAACGAGUACGGCACGGACACGACGCGCCUGAUCAUCCUGGCCGAUGUGGCGCCCACCUCGCAUCGCAAUUGGUCCAGCGCCACCUUUCCGGGCAUACUUAACUGGCAGAAGCGCCUGUGGCUCACCGUGGAGGAGUUUCGAGCGGCACGCGAGGCGCCCACAACGGACCUGGUGGACACGGGCAGCGAGGCCUUUCUGGCCGAGGACGCCAAGCUGUUCGAUGCACGCAACUUUUAUGUGAAAGGCGCCACCUUCAACUAUCGCCAUGCGCAUCAGUUGAGUGUGGCCAUCUCCAAGAUGCAGGGUCUCACCAAUUCGCUACGGCGCACGCCCAAACACAUUCAGCGGCAGGGCAAACAGUUUGAGCGCGCCUUGGCCGCGCAGAUCAUCAUGCUUGCGCCGAUGGCACCGCACUUUGCCUCCGAGCUGUGGUCCAAGUUUGUGGCGGUGCCCGGUCGUCUGAAUGCCGCCAGCGCAGAGCUCCAGUGGACGCAGGAUGUGCUGGCACAGCGCUGGCCAGACGUGGACGCCGCCUACCAGCUCGAUCUGAGCAUCAAAGUCAACGGCUACGAGAACUGCGUCAUUAAGAUCGCGCGGAAUCAGCUCGACCAGGUCAGCCACAGCGACGCCAUGGACAUUGCCUUUAACACGCACUCGGUCACCUCGUAUCUGAUUGACAAGAAAAUACGUACCACCAACUUUGUGCUCUACCCGGGCAUCGAGGCCAUACUCAACAUCUACGUGGACAAGCUGGCAAAGACCCAGAAGCCAGUGAGCAGCAGCAGCGAUGCGGACAAGCUGCACGCCGAAUAGCCAAGGGACAACCAAAUGUUAAGGGUAGAUUAGCCUAGUUUAUGUUGCAUGGAAAUUGCAUUUCCUUAAAGAAGUUAUGUCACAGCUGAGUAGGUGAAUUUUAGGGCUAGCUUGAGAUAGACCUUUGUGUAAGCCGAGACGACUUUAGUUAUGCUCUUGCAGAGGGUAUUGUAAAUUGUUUAUGCAGGGAAAGUCAACUUCCUGAUAAAGAGUUAAUAUUUAUAUACAUUUGUCCGUCUAAUUCCCGAUAAGAGCUAACAGUUAUGUACAUUUGUCCGUCUGCUUCUAUGUAAACUACGCUUAUUUUAAAGCAUUUAUAUUUUUAUUGCCAGCAGCUAUAUAUUUGUAUACUGACCCAAUCGCAUUACUAUAAUAUAUUGCUGUUAAGGGAAUUUACGGCAAAGGAACACAGAUUUUGUAUGAAAUAUCUUUUUAUAACCUUUCUAAUGUGUAAUGCAUAAAAGGAGACAUCUCCGACCCCAUAAAGUAUAUAUAUGCCUGAUCAGUAUCUACAGCCGAGUCG